AAUGAUAUGGCGUUUCGUCUUGCGCCAAGGGUUCCCGACGGGGAUGGAGGCGCCGCGAUUCCUCGUCGUAAGUGUGUGAGAUUUUGGAUGCGCCCGCCAGGAUUCUGGCUGGCGCCUCGAAUCCUGGCAAGCUUUCCAGCAGUUUUUCCCUGGAUUUUCGAUUGAUUGAUCGAUUUCGUUAGAGGGAUGGUUUUGACCUAGCUAUAGUUUGGUUUAAUACGUAAGGCAGUUGUGCUAGCAGCACUAGAUAACUGACUGCUUGCAUUGUUGGAGGAAAAAUUCUUUUUUUGUGUGCUCGUAGCAGAGGAUAGAAUUUAGGAAGACAAUGGGGCAUAGGAGGAAACAAGGAGAGGAGAGUUCUAGUGAUAGUAGCUUAUCCACAGACACCUCAAAGUCUUUCGUUUCCUCGGGUUACUCCAGCCCCGAUGCGAGGAGACGAAAAAAGAGGCGACGAGAGAAGCGUGUGAGUGAGAGUGAGACGGAUUACUCCUCUUCCGACGACGAAGCCAGGAAGAGGGAGAGGAAAAAGCAGCGACGUAAACGAAGGCAAAAACGAGAGCACCACCGAGCUCACAGAGAAAAGAGUAGCGGCGAGAAGAAGAGGAGGAAAGAGAGGCAUGAGCCGAGGAGGCCGAAGAAAUCUCGCAAGCAGCAGCAUCACGAGACGGAGGAUGACGAGGAGCACGGAUCAAACAAGGCAGCUACGCAAGCCAAGCUCCAGGUCACGAUGGAGGCACGAGAGCAAGAGAAAAAUCUCAUCUAUCAAAACGCUCAGCUCGCAAAGGCCAGGCUGAAUGGAGAGCUGCGAGAAGUUCAAGCCCAGCAAGCCAAAAUGCAAGAUAUGUACGGAGCAAUCGACUGGAGAGCCCGGAAAAAACUGAGACUUGAGAAAAAGAAACUAGAACGAAGUGUAGCCGCGGGUAAGAAGCUGGCACAGAUUGAAGAGGAGGAGAGUGCUCGCAUGGAUGCCUUCCGGGUUGCGCUGGGCUUGCCGACUGCUGAAGCCCAGCGUCAAGCCGAAUGGAGGGCCGAAGCUACCCGCGCCUUGUCGUCACAACAAGAGCCUCCUCCUCCUACGCCGUCCAAGCCUCCCAAAAAAGCCAUUAUCGGGCCUCAACUCCCUCGUUGAUUUGAAAAGGUCGUCUCGUCCAACUGGUGGUAGAAUUUGUUAUCAGCGAGCAACAACGAAACAGAGUGGGUGUCUUACCAUCUUAAAGUUCCCCGGCACCGAGAAGCAGCGUUCCUCUAGAGCAAAGGAUGUAACUGCUUGCUUGCUUGCUUGCUCCACAGGCUGAGAUAAAAUAACGCUGGAAGCACGAUCCGUGCGGAAAAUUCUUUCACCAGAUAAAUCUUCAAUCAUUCAUCCAUUCGCAUUUAA